AUGUCGGUACCACAGGGACGCAUAGUCAACGGCGAAGAAGCCGAACCAGGCGAAUUUCCUUUCAUGCUGUCGCUGCAGCAGGGUGAGGCUCACUGGUGCGGCGCCUCCAUCUUGAACGAGCAGUGGGGGAUCACCGCAGCCCACUGUCUCAAACAGGUCAACCCAUACGGGGUGCUGGCUGGUACCAUCCAACUGAAAGAAGGGGGCACGAGACACAACGUGACAGAGAUCUACAUUCAUGCAGAUUAUAACGCCUCUGAUUCCUAUGUCAAUGAUAUAGGGGUAUUCAGGGUGACGCCAGAUUUUCAAUUUGAUGGCGAGACAGUGGCGCCAAUACCGCUGCCAGAGCAGGGGGAACUGCUUCCAGAUGGCGUCAACAUCACUGUCAUGCGCUGGGGAGAUCUCUGGGCUGGAGGGCCGCAUCCAUAUUCCCUACGCAAAGUGGACUUAACGACAGUCAACCAAGAGGAGUGCCAGGCCGUGUGGGCUACUGAGAACGACCCCAUCUACGACAGGCAGUUAUGCGUCACUCGUUUUGAAGACAUAAACUACGACUCCUGCACCGGUGAUUCGGGCGGCCCGCUGGUUUACGAGGGAAAGCUUGUGGGGCUGGUGUCGUGGGGCUACAGGUGUGCCACCCCUCCCUACCCCUCGAUUAACACCCGAGUCUCCAGCUACGUCAACUGGAUCACCGAGACCACUAGUGGAUCAGUGGUGCCGCACUAG